CCGCCAGAGAGAUCAUACAUUAUAUAACUCGGAAAAUGGAGAGACGAAGUGAUAGAUGGGCACACACCCAGUUCAGUCUCGCCACCAUUAAGCUUCCAAGCCAAAGCUCCGACUCAAGCUCGCUUCGUCGUCUCUGUCACUUGCCAUGGAUCCUUACAAGCAUCGUCCGUCGAGCGCUUACGAUUCCAGCUUCUGGACAACCAACGCCGGUAUUCCUGUCUGGAACAAUGACUCCUCGCUGACUAUUGGAACUAGAGGUCCGAUCCUCCUCGAGGAUUAUCAUCUGGUGGAGAAACUCGCCACUUUUGAGAGAGAGAGAAUUCCUGAGCGGGUGGUCCAUGCACGGGGAGCUAGUGCAAAAGGGUUCUUCGAGGUCACCCACGACAUCUCUCAUUUGACAUGUGCUGAUUUCCUUCGUGCUCCUGGAGUUCAGACACCUGUUAUUGUCCGUUUCUCCACUGUCAUCCAUGAGCGCGGCAGCCCUGAAACCCUUAGGGACCCUCGAGGUUUUGCUGUGAAGUUUUACACCAGAGAGGGAAACUUUGAUCUGGUGGGGAACAAUUUCCCUGUCUUCUUUGUUCGCGAUGCAAUGAAAUUCCCGGACGCGAUCCAUGCUUUUAAACCCAACCCGAAGUCUAACAUCCAGGAGAACUGGAGGAUAAUUGACUUCUUCUCCCACCAGCCUGAGAGUUUGUCCACGUUUGCGUGGUUCUAUGAUGAUGUUGGUAUUCCUCAGGACUACAGGCACAUGGAAGGAUUUGGGGUCCAUGCUUUUACCUUUUUCAACAAGGCUGGACAGUCGCACUACGUGAAAUUUCACUGGAAACCAACUUGUGGGGUGAAGAAUUUGCUGGAGGAGGAGGCGAUUCGUGUUGGAGGAUCAAAUCACAGUCAUGCGACUAAGGAUCUUUAUGACUCGAUAGCUGCUGGCAACUACCCUGAGUGGAAACUCUACAUCCAAGUAAUGGAUCCUGCAGAUGAAGACAGUUUUGACUUCGAUCCACUUGAUAUGACAAAAAUAUGGCCCGAGGACAUCUUGCCUCUGCAACUAGUAGGCCGCUUGGUGUUGAAUAAGAACAUCGAUAGCUUCUUUAAUGAAAACGAACAGCUUGCAUUUAACCCUGCAUAUGUGGUCCCCGGUAUCUAUUUCUCUGAUGAUAAGCUUCUCCAAGCUCGGAUUUUCGCCUAUUCUGAUACUCAGAGGUAUCGCCUUGGACCAAACUACCUUCAACUCCCUGUUAAUGCUCCCAAGUGUGCUCAUCACAACAAUCACUGGGAUGGUUUCAUGAAUUUCAUGCACAGGGAUGAAGAGGUAAAUUAUUUCCCUUCAAAAUUUGAUCCUGUUCGCCAUGCAGAAAGGUUCCCAAUACCGACUCGAGUCUUGACUGGAAAGCGAGAAAAGUGCAUUAUUGAGAAGGAGAACAACUUCAAGCAGCCAGGAGAGAGAUACCGAUCCUGGGAACCGGACAGGCAAGACCGUUUCAUCAGCCGCUGGAUCAAGGCAUUGUCCGACCCCCGUGUUACCCACGAGCAUCGCUCCAUCUGGAUCUCUUACUGGACUCAGGCUGACAAAUCGCUCGGCCAGAAGCUAGCUUCUCGUCUCAGUGCGCGACCGAGCAUGUGAACGUGAUGAGGGGGCCGAUUCCAGCACGAGCGUGCGAAUGCGGAGCUGGAAGAAGCAUGAAAAGCUAAGUGUUGGCAUGUCUGUUUGCUGUGCUAUGCUGUAAUACAUACUAAGAGGUAUCUUGUGUGGGAAUGCUUGUAAAUUGCUGCUUUGGAAGGAGCAUAAAAGCUUUUUAAGUGCAGGCAUGUUUGUCUGCCGUUCUGUACUCUUUUACCUGAUGUUUCUACUCCAAUAAAGGCCUGCCAUUUUACUAUGC